AUGCGUAAAGGAAACUACGCACAACGUAUCGGCGGCGGUGCACCAGUAUAUUUGGCCGCUGUACUUGAAUAUCUCGCAGCCGAGAUACUAGAAUUGGCCGGGAACGCAGCACGCGACAACAGAAAAUCACGAAUCGUUCCUCGUCACUUGCAAUUGGCUAUUCGUAACGAUGAUGAAUUGAACAGGUUGUUGGGUCAUGUGACUAUUGCUCAGGGAGGCGUUUUACCAAAUAUUCAUUCAUCAUUAUUACCAAAAAAAGAUGAUAAAAAGGAAUCUAACGCUAACAGUAAAAGAAAAAUAACUACCACUAGAGUGCUGCCGCCUAGUAAUAAUUUCUCGGAUGAUGAUGGCAACAAUGCAGCCCCGGUCUGCUGCAAUGAUAAAAGAGCAGUGAAAAGGAGCUUGCAAACCUCAAUUUCUGCACAUUCGAAUGAUUUAUCGCGAAUUGCUGGCGUUGACCAAGAACAUCAAAUCUUGGAUAAUUUCGGUAGGCAGAAAUUCUUUCGCGGUUUAAAUGUGGUCAAUAAAGGAGCACCAUAUUAUCCUGUAUUCGAUAAAUUCAAUGCAAUUACAUCAUUUUCUGAAAAAGACGCACAAAUACUACAAUCAGUUAAUAUGAAUGUAAUCCGAUUAGGCGUACUAUGGGCAGGCGUCGAGCCAAUUCGAGGAAAAUACAAUGACACAUAUUUGGAUAUAAUUCGUGGUAUCGAUAUUAUGUCGCAAAAGUUUUGUGGUGAUGGGUUUCCAAAUUGGGCAUCUAUGCCUGGUUUGCUUCCAUUUCCACUUCCAAUUAAUUUACCUAUACCUUUUAAAGACGGAAAUCCGGUUCCAGAUAAAUGUCCAUUAAAUUGGGCACCUCUAUACGGGAGUAAUGCCGUUUCGGUUGCCUGGCAAAACCUUUACGACAAUCGGGAUGGUCUUUUAGAUGCGUUUUCUGCACAAUGGGCUUACAUUGCCCAAAAAUUUAAAGACGUUGAUAAUGUGCUUGGAUAUGAAAUUAUCAAUGAACCAUGGGCGGGAAAUGUAUUUGCAGAUCCGAAACUUUUUAAUCCGAAAAUUGCCGAAAACAAAAAUAUUCAAGGAUUACUUGAAAAAGUAAAUACGGCUAUAAGAAAAGUAGACGAUAAAUCUGUCGUUUUCUAUGGAGGUGUAACUUGGGAUAGUGCCAAUGAUCUUACUGUUCCCGGUGGAGAUAACUACAAAAAUAGGAGCGUAUUAAGCUUUCAUUAUUAUAAGCCUCCUCAACUCAAAGGUGUUGAAGUUCAGUUUGUAAAGAUAGCGGAAAACAUCAAUGGGACUGGUGGCGGUCAGAUGCUUACUGAAUUUGAUGCAACCUGGAAUAGUGGAAAAAAUAUCGCUUCUCUCCUCGACCUUAUCCAGAAAGCUGAUAAACAUCUUGUCUCUUGGAUUGGCUGGCAAUAUAAAGAUUUCGGUCCGCUACGUCUCUCCGUUCGACCGGGCAUCAGCGACGAAGGUCUCGUAAACAAAGACACCGGUGAAAUACGUACCGAAAUGGCAAACCUAUUUUCGCGCACAUAUCCAGAAUCGGUUGCCGGAAAAACUCAAAAAUUUUUCUUUAAUGAUACUGAUGGUCAUUUCUAUCUGCUUUAUCAGAUAGAUCCGUCUAUAAAAGCACCGACAGUGAUUCGAGCUCAGACUUUGUAUCAUUAUCCUAAAGGGUUGAACGUUACAGUUAGUCCUGCAGAAAAAGUUAAUAUUACACAGGAUGUAAAUUUAGUGUAUCUUGAUGCUGUGGAAGGAAAAGCACAGAAGAAUGACUUAAUAGUCGUUAAUAUCAUAGCGAAACAAUAA